ACUCCAUUCUUCUCUGGCACUUCCGGAAGAGCUCUUGAUCAUCAACAGUGUCUGAAUUUUCAAUGAAUCAUUUUACUAAAUCUAGCAGGCUUACGGACCAGCUUGUAGCCAGAAUUUCUUAAGACAGAUAUUCAUCCGCAGCAGUCUGUAGUCUGGUGAUGAGCCUAUGAGUUCUUGUAGGCUAAUGUUUAACAUUUCCCCACAUUUUUGCCACCUGUACCCGGAGCUGACACGCAUCGAUGCAUUCGGCAAUCACUGAAUCAGGAGCUCUGUUGCACAAUUAUUCGGUCUGUAUCCCAGCAUGGGCCCGGAAGUUGUUUGGGAUUCCCAGGUAAAAAAAAUAAAUAAAAAAAAAUCCCGGAGAUGCUGUCGUCGCCUGGGAAAACAAACAGCUAUCCAGACAGUUAAAAAAGGAAAACACCGAUCGGUCGCCAGGUAAGGAAGAGGCUCGUGGACUUCACUGCGGCGCUUGGUAAGACAAUCCAUCGGUUUUAAUUAGGAAGUACGGCAUGUUUUUGAGUAGUUGGUAGGGUGAAUGCCAUUUGUCGUGUGGUCGGGUGCCAUAGCAACGGCUCAUGAGAAACAUUGUGUAGCUCGGUCCAGUUUGACGUGCUCGAUUUUUGGAUGACAGCUGCGUUCAUGCGGACAAUUUGGACAGCGGCAACUCUUGCAACAAAAUUGCCGUUGUGUCUCGAUCGCUGUCUCGGCCGUCCAUGAGCCGAUCGGUGCCAUAACGGACCAGAUCCACCAAGCAGCUAAAACAAGUACUAGUUGUCGCGGGUAUAGGAUAUAUACGGAGACGCAUGAUAGUUAUUUGAAAAUGUAACGCUGUAUGUUUUACUGCACAGUCGCCCAUGUCGGGCAGAAAGGAUUUUUUUUUUUUUUAAAUCGCCGUGCCCUGGUGUGACUGGCGCGUCUCCCGGCUGCAUCAGCGCCUGUUGCUCCCUAUGCGCGGCCAAUGCCAGGAUAUUAAUUUUCCCUUUUCCCUGCGAUGUGUUGUCUCCGCACACCCCCUCCCUUCCCCUCCGUUCGCUCCACAUUCUGCUCUGUCCAUUGUUGUCAUCCAUUUGAGCAAAAGGUGCAGCACUACAUCUGGGUCUGUUUGUCUCCCCCUCUCUUUGCUUUUAAAUGAAACUGAAUAGAGCAUCACCUUAACAUGGUCACAUAAAAUCAACAUGAGCCUAUUGUAUGUGUGCACAUGUUGUAACUCAGGACCGACAGUGUUGGAGAUUGGUGUGGUGCACAUACCUCACUUUGUUGUCUGCUGUGGAGUGACUGUACCAUGUCACCUACAGUAAAUUUCCCGCAUUAUUUAUUAUAAGCCUAGCGAAUUGCACAGAGAGGGUUGACAAAAUGAACUACAGCAAGUUAAUAUAACCUACAAACUUAAUCUCAAGUGUAUAAUUACAUAAUUAUUCAAUAUUAUACGAUUUGUGAGAUUUUAAAGUUUUGUUAUUUUACUAAUUUGCCUUUUAUGUAAGUUUUUUAUUUGUGUUUCCUGGUGCCUUGGAACUUUUUAUUUCGGUUAUAUUGUAAAUGAGCUCUCUACCUAAUAUUAUUUUCGAGUUAAAAUAAAGGUUGAUUGAAUAUGGAUUAUCAGAAAAUUGUCCUAAUGCUUAUACACACACUGGUGUCCUAAUGCAGGCUAUAUAUAAAGCUUUUUAAUUUAGAUUUUUUUUAAAUCUGUAUAUAGUAUUAUAUAGUGUUUUCUUCUUCUGCUGCUGUAAUGAUACACUUCUCGGAUCUAGUAAGUUGAUCUCAUGUUAAUAUUGAAUUUUGUUGAUAUUACUUCAAAGCUUCAAAUCAAGGGUGUAGUUUUUGGGGAUGUUGCACUAGAUUGCUUUAUAGUGUAAGGUGUUCCAGCUGUUUUGUCCAACCCCAGUAGUUUUAACUCCACCUCCAAAGCCAUUAGCUUUUAUAUAAAUGUUGAGCCUCUCAUAUUUAUUUGCUGGCCACUGUGCAGAAGAAUCUACAUGAUACAGAAAUAGCAGGGCAAAAUCCAAGUUUAGUAGUUUAUUACAGCAAACUUAUUAUUAGACAUUUGGAACUGAAAGCAGAAAGCUAUCUGUUAUUAUUCUUGUACCAACAAACAGCUGGCAUCUGGUGAGAGAAUGAAUGCUGAUGACUGCAAUGGACGCUUAUAUGCACAAGGUAAUGGAGGAGAGACAUCACUGGAACAGGAUUUUCAUGGCGGAUUGCAGGGUCCUUCAGCAAAAUCUCCAAACAGUCAGCAGUCCUCGCCACACCGCUCCCUUAGUGCAAACUCCAUCAAGGUUGAGCUGUGCAGUGACGAUGAGUCACCAGGUGCUCCACAGCCAGAGAACAGAGAGGCUGUGAGGGACGAUAGCAGGAGGGAUGACAGAGGGGACCUCACGGAAGAAGGGGGCACAGAGUACACUGGGGCUAGAAGAGACAGAACGAGUAUUUACAAUGAGAUGGCCCGUCCAAACGCUGCUUCACCAGGACCCAUCCGGCUGCCAAAUGGGAAGCUCCAGUGUGAGGUGUGCGGGAUGAUCUGCAUCGGACCCAACGUGCUGAUGGUCCACAAGCGUAGCCACACAGGUGAGAGGCCUUUCCAGUGUAACCAGUGUGGAGCUUCCUUCACCCAGAAGGGGAACUUGUUGCGCCACAUCAAGUUGCAUUCGGGAGAGAAGCCUUUCAAAUGUCCCAUUUGCAACUACGCUUGUCGCCGGAGAGAUGCCCUGGCUGGACAUCUACGCACACAUGCAGUUUCUUCUCCAACGGUGGGAAAACCUUUCAAAUGCAGCUACUGUAGCCGCAGCUACAAGCAACAGAGCACACUGGAGGAACAUCUAGAGCGCUGCCAUAGUUAUCUGAAGAGUCUGGACCACCAGACAGCCGUCAACACACAGACAACACAGGGUGAAGAGUCACUAAAUAUGGAGACAAUUACUAAACCUGUGCUCCAGCCAUCCAAUGAAAAAAUCCAGUUAGUGGAUAGACUGGCUAUUAGCAUCACCAAACGCAAGAGGUCAACCCCACAGAAGUUUUUGGGUGAAAAGCACAUGCGCCUUGACCUACCUGAAGCACCUUACGAAUUGUCCUCUGGCUCUGAGAAGGAGGGGGACCUCAUGAGCUCUCUGCCUGCUGGGGACUCUACCGGGUUGGCUGGUUCACAUCUCCAAGGCGGCAGGGCCAAAGGGGAGAACCACGAGCCGCCUGCGCUCCAUACUGCCUUCUUAUCGGAGCUACGCACAGUUAUAGGCUCCAUCAACAGCAACAUGACUCCUCAGGGCCUCCGAACCCAUGGUGGAGGUGGGCCGAUAGCAACUGGCUGGUCUGGGCGGGAGGCAGGUGAAGGCCGUGAUGACCAACCCUCAGCUCAUAGCCACGCCACCUCACCCAACGGCUGCCCCGACUCUACAGACACAGAGAGCACAGCAGAAGAGCAGAGCACAAGGGCUACAGCCCCAACAAGUACCUCCAACAACCACCACCUCCACUACCAAACCCUAGCACUGCCCCACAGCCAUCCCACUUCCAGCCCCAGCCAGGCCAAAGACUUAGAAGCAGAGUGGGAGAGAGCAUGUCCUGUACCCCCCACCAUAGUAAAGAGGAGCCCUGGCUCACUCCUUUCUUCCAGGGAGACUGUGCAGGUGUUAGAAAGUGAUGGCCGGCCUGUGCGCUCCUUCCACUGCCGGCACUGUCGCAUCCUCUUCCUGGACCAUGUCAUGUUCACCAUCCACAUGGGUUGUCAUGGCUUCCGCCAACCCUUCGAGUGCAACAUCUGUGGCCACCGCAGCCAGGACCGCUACGAGUUUUCGUCUCACAUCAGCCGCGGAGAGCAUCAGGUGGGCUGAGGAGAGGGUAUAGUGGUUCAGAUGAGGAGAGGAGGUGAUGGCUUCUCUCUCUCAAUGUGGGCUCACGUUUGUUCUGCACCAGAUAAGUUUGCUUUAAAUCCGUAGUGUUAGUAAAAAGGAUUUGUGGUUUUAUUGUGAGAAUAUUUAUUAAACUUAAGCAGGCGCGAGUGAAAAAAAUAUUUUCACUGCAACAUUUAAAAGUUUAGUGGAGGCAAAUUACAUUCUAUGAUUGAUUGCACUCCCAUAUCAAAUCAUCUGGCAAAACUGCUGGUUUUGCUUCAAAAGUGCCUUCUUUGGGGAUUUCCUCUUUACUAAAAAAUAAAAGACAGAAAAGAAAACCGGAGUGGAACUGGUGCUCAAAAAUCUUGACUAGCCAUCUUUUACUAAGUGAUUUAGUUAGCACUUUUGAGAGCUAAUGUGCACAGGCAGUUAAGAAAAGCAUGUACAUUUUAAGAAUUAUAUUUGGUAUGCUUCAUAUGCACUAAGAGCUUUGUUUUUGUGGUUGAAGAGGGGAUUUUGUGUAGUGUGUCAGGUAAGCUUAAAAUGCACUGAGAGCUUGUGCCUCUGGGUUUGGGAGGAGCUUUUGUCACAGACAAAGCACAGAAAUGGACUGCCUUAACUCCUGCAGUGGUACGCUGCUGUAGGAAUACAUUGUUUACAGCAUGGUUCGACAGUGUGUGAAGUCACCUCAGAAGAGAGAGUAUGUGCAGCAGCACAGCGAGACUAUCAGGACAAAAAAAAAAAAAAAUCAUGAAAUUAACUUGAAAACAUUCACCUGAGGGUGAAACAGGCGUUCAGGGCUCAGAUGUUAAAUAGGUUUUCGGAUUUUAAAGUGAGCCUUAGAAUACUGGUGCAGAUCAGACCAUGAGCUAUGUAGUGUACAGUAAGAGCCUGACUGAGAUGGCCCAUGGGUGCUAUACCUAUACGGGAUUGCACUUUUAGAUUUCCUGCUUAUAUAUGAACAUCUUUGCCGAAGCACUUGAUGGCUUUACACAUUUCUUUUUGUGAUUGUUCUACUGCACUGAUAAAUCGCAUACUACUCACAAUAACUGAUCGUCUAAUUUGCAACACCAGUGUGUGUUUUUGAACAGAGCCAGCCUUCUACAGAAUCCCACAGCAGUGCACCGGUUCUGCAUUUUGUGCUCAAGUUUGCUGCAAUGUGUGACUGAGAAUUCAACAUCAGUUCAACUAAAACAAUUCUUUUGCGGUUUUGCACUCAGCAGUUGAGGCUGAGAUUUUGGACCUUUUUUUCGCAUAAUGUAAGAGAAUUAACAAACUAAUUAUUUAAAAAUGACUUAGCAAAAUCAGUUUGGAUCUGUUCAGUUAUCACUUGUGAUUAUCUAUUUAGUGUUGUUUGUUUCAGCCUUGGUGUAUUUAAUCAGCUAUAUUCCAAAUCUUAUCCAGCAUAUUCCUCAAGUCCAUGAAAUGUUACCUCCUGCUUCUUUAUAGCACCCAAAAACCUUAUUGCUACAGUAUGGUGAGUUUUCUGAUAACGUUAAUAUUGGGAACACGAAUGAGACCAAACUCAGUAUUCUUACUUGUUAUUGUGGGUUUUGCUGCUUCACAGUUUUAACUUAAUUUCCUUUAAUUGCAGGCAAAAAUAUACUUGAAACUGUUUGAGAAAAAAAGUGAUCGAAAAAUGCACUUGGUUUGAUAAGUAGAGAAGUGUGUGUGAAUGGAAAAUAGCAUGUGUGCUUGUCGUUUUCUGCUUUUCCCUGAAUUGUGAAUUAUUUUUUGAAAUGUGAAGUACUUUCAAGAAGUGAAAAUGAGGCAUGGGUUUUUGUCUCCUUGUGUGGACUUUUAAAUGUUAUACGAUAUUUUGUGAAUGAUGUAACAUGACAAAACACUUUACCUCAAAGUUAAAGAUGUACAACUGCCUCAUUACUGUAUUUCAAAAAGUCAUGUUGCUUACCAAGAUGUUCUUGCAGUUACAAAUGCGUGCCCCUCGAUAUUCUCAAAACUUUUUACUGUCAAUAAAAGUUAUGUUUAUUGUAAAAGUGA